CGGCGGAGGUAGCGGAGAGUGCCAUGGAGCACGUGACUGAGGGCUCGUGGGAGUCGCUCCCGGUGCAGCUGCACCCGCGGGUACUGGAUACCCUGAGGGAGCUGGGUUUCCCGCACAUGACGCCGGUGCAGUCUGCAACCAUCCCUCUGUUCAUGAAGAACAAAGAUGUCGCUGCAGAAGCGAUCACAGGUAGUGGCAAAACCCUUGCCUUUGUCAUCCCCAUCCUGGAGAUUCUUCUGAGAAGGGAAGACAAGCUAAAGAAGAGUCAGGUGGGCGCCAUCAUCAUCACCCCUACGCGCGAGCUGGCCAUUCAGAUCGAUGAGGUCCUGACGCAUUUCACGAAGCCCUUCCCCCAGCUCAGCCAGAUUCUUUGGAUCGGAGGCAGAAACCCUGGAGAAGAUGUUGAGAGGUUCAAGCAACAAGGAGGGAACAUCAUCGUGGCGACACCGGGCCGCCUGGAGGACAUGUUCCGCAGGAAGGCGGAGGGCUUGGAUCUGGCCAGCUGCGUGCGGGCCCUGGAUGUCCUGGUGCUGGAUGAAGCUGACAGACUUCUGGACAUGGGAUUUGAGGCCAGCAUCAACACCAUCCUGGAGUUCCUGCCGAAGCAGAGGAGAACAGGGCUUUUCUCGGCCACACAGACGCAGGAGGUAGAGAACCUGGUGCGCGCCGGGCUCCGCAACCCUGUGCGCAUCUCAGUGAAGGAGAAGGGGGUGGCGGCCAGCAGCACCCAGAAGACACCCUCGCGGCUGCGGAACUACUACAUGGUGUGUAAGGCAGAUGAAAAGUUCAAUCAGCUGAUACAUUUUCUUCGGAAUCACAAACAGGAAAAACACCUGGUCUUUUUCAGCACUUGCGCCUGUGUCGAGUACUACGGGAAGGCCCUGGAGGCCCUGGUGAAGGGCGUGAGGAUCAUGUGCAUUCAUGGGAAGAUGAAGUACAAGCGCAAUAAGAUUUUCCUGGACUUUCGCAAGUUGCAGAGCGGGGUUUUGGUGUGCACCGAUGUGAUGGCCCGGGGAAUCGACGUUCCGGAGGUCCACUGGGUUUUGCAGUAUGACCCUCCCAGCAAUGCGAGCGCCUUCGUGCAUCGCUGUGGCCGCACAGCCCGUAUAGGCCACAGCGGCAGUGCCCUCGUGUUUCUGCUGCCCAUGGAGGAGGCCUACGUCAGUUUCCUCGCCAUCAACCAAAGAUGCCCACUGCAGGAGACGCGGCCCCAGGGGAACGUGGUGGACCUGCUGCCAAAGCUCAAGGCGCUGGCCCUGGCUGACAGAGCCAUGUUUGAGAAGGGCAUGCGGGCUUUCGUGUCCCACGUCCAGGCCUACGCCAAGCACGAGUGCAGUCUCAUCUUCCGGCUGAAGGAUCUUGAUUUUGCUAGUCUUGCUCGAGGUUUUGCGCUGCUGAGGAUGCCCAGGAUGCCAGAGCUCAAAGGCAAGCAGUUUCCAGAUUUCGUGCCUGUGGAUGUUAACACAGACAUGAUUCCAUUUAAAGACAAAGCCAGGGAGAAGCAGAGGCAGAAACUACUGGAGCAGCAAGGAAAAGAUAAAACAGAAAAUGAAGGGAGAAGGAAAUUCAUAAGAAAUAAAGCUUGGUCAAAGCAGAAAGCCAAAAAGGAAAGGAAGAAAAAAAUGAAUGAGAAAAGAAAAAGAGAAGAGGGAUCUGACGUCGAAGAGGAGGACAUGGAGGAACUUCUUAAUGACACAAGACUUUUGAAAAGGCUUAAGAAAGGCAAAAUUACUGAAGAUGAAUUUGAGAAGAGCUUGCUGAUGAGCCGCAAAAGAGCAACCAGCACAGCAGAGCCUGGCCUGUCCGAGGAUGACUGCUGAUCCCAGUGCCGUGGGCUUUGAUGCGGACCAGAGCUUCAGGAGACAGCGGAGAGCAGCAGCCCCUGCAGACGGGCCACAGCACCUCUACCUGGGUGACUGCUGUAUAAAACUGUCAGAUCUGAGGACAGCUGAGGAGGAGAUGGAAAGUGACCGAUGGUCACCUAAUUUUUUUCUAUUUUUUUAUUUUUGUUUUGUUUUAGGGAAGGGUGUGCAGGAUAUUGAGGGUCUCACUACUAAUCGGACUCAUAGUGAUCCACCUGUUUACAGCCUCCCAAGAGCUGGGAUUACAGGCGCGGGCCACCACGUGGACCCAGUCUCUGGUCACCUAAAUUAAAGGGCACUUUUCCCAUGAUUUCCUUACGCCAUUCCACGUAAGAUACUGCCAUAUACUAAUCUCCUGGGCCUCACUUGACCCUCAGCCCCCUGCACAAAACACCUACAGAGUAGCGCACAUGCAAGGUUUUGU